AAAUCAGAGAAACGUUUUUCUCACGGGUAGGUCUUUGAGCUGUUAGAUAGUACUAAUAUAGUCUAAGCUUGAAGAGUUUCUAUGCUUGCUUUGUAUUCAGCAUCUCUGCCCUAUACAAAAUGACUUUACAAAGUGUUAUAGCCUUUCAUUUAAUUAUCUGUCUCUUAUAUUUAUUCCAUGGAGAAGCUGAGAAAUCAUGUCCAGAUGUAGCUUGCAGAGAAGAAGGUCCUUCCGUCCGUUUUCCCUUUUCGCUUAAAGAUCGACAGGCAGAGAGUUGUGGUUACCCAGGGUUUGAAUUAUCCUGCUCUGAGAGGAACGAAACACUGAUUGAAUUUCCAUGUUCAGGGCAGUUUUUCGUGGCUGGAAUAGAUUACGAGAGGCAGAAUAUUUACAUCGGAGACCCCCAGGGUUGCAUGCUUAGAAGGCUUAAAAACUUGACCGUCACUGGUAGUCCUUUCACGAUUUACCGGCCCGACUAUUACACACUGCUCGACUGCUCGCCAAGAAUUGAAACGUCAGACUCAGGAACAGUACUGAUAGAUUGUCUCAGCAGUUCCAAUCAUCUUGUUUAUGCUGCCCCUGCUUCAACUGUCAUGAGUCUAGAUCUUCUAUUUUCUUGCCACUUCAUUGCAAAUGUUACCUCAUCUUCUAUGGAUGGUUACGACCAAUGUCUCUUGGGACGAACUUCUAAUUUUAAUUCUUUUGACCGUAUUUGGUUGCCCAGUUACGGUUUUGAAGAAAGAGCAAAAAAAUGUCGAUUGAUGGGACGUUCUAAUUUUAAUUAUUUUGACCGCAGUUGGUUGUAUAAUUUUACAAAACUACGGUGGGUAAUACCGGGGUGCGGUUUAGAUUGUCGAGAAAGAGGAGGAGAAUGCCGAUUGAAGGGAAAUAAUAGUUUACAAGUCGAAUGUUUCAAUGAAUAUAUUCCUCCAAAUGGAAUUCCCCAGUAUGAAGAUGGAAUUCCCCAAUAUGAAGAGAAAUCCUUAGAGCAUAUCAUUAAAGGUGUGAGUAUCGGAAUUUCUAUUGGAGUUCUUACUCUAACGCUCAUGGUCACAUUAAUUAUCUUGUACUUGAGAUCAAGAAGAGCAGAGGUAGAGGAGAAUCGAAAGAAAAUUAAGAAAUUUUUGGAAGAUUUUAGGCCUCUCAAUCCAACAAGAUACUCAUUUGCAGAUCUUCAAAAGAUGACAAAUGAAUUCGAGAAGAAGCUAGGCCAGGGAGGCUAUGGAAGUGUAUUCAAGGGUGAGCUUGAAAAUGGAGUGCCGGUGGCUGUGAAAGUGCUCGACCACUCCAAAGGCAAUGGAGAAGAUUUCACUAAUGAAGUCAACACAAUUGGGAGGAUUCAUCAUAUCAAUGUGGUUCGAUUGUUGGGUUAUUGUGCAGAUGAAUCAGACCGAGCUCUCGUCUACGAGUUCAUGCCAAAUAAGUCGCUAGAUAAAUUCAUUUUUCCAGCGAAUUCAAGGAGGCCGAAGCUUAGUUGGGGAAAGCUUCAAGAUAUUGCCAUUGGGGUUGCCAGAGGAAUCGAGUAUCUUCACCAGGGAUGUGACCAAAGAAUCCUGCAUUUUGAUAUCAAGCCACAAAAUAUCUUGUUAGACAUCGACUUCAAUCCUAAGAUAUCAGAUUUUGGCCUAGCAAAGCUUUUUCCGAAGAAGGAAAGUGUCGUGUCCAUAACUGCUGUCAGAGGAACCAUGGGUUACAUUGCACCAGAGGUCUACUUCUCCGGGAACAUUGGAAAUGUAUCAUAUAAAACAGAUGUUUACAGUUUCGGCAUGUUGUUAUUUGAAAUGGUUGGAGGUAGGAAAAACAAGGAUCUUACGGUGGAAAACACAAGCCAAGUUUACUUCCCUCAGUGGGUUUACAAUCGCCUCGCAGAUGGGGAGGAUUUGGGAAUUAAAGAGGAAAAAGAUGGAGAUGCUGACAUUGCGAAGAAAUUAUCAGUUGCGGCAAUCUGGUGCGUACAAUGGGAUCCGAGUGAUCGUCCUUCGAUGAGCACUGUGAUUCAGAUGUUGGAAGGAAGAACAAGAAGCUUACCCCUGCCACCGGAUCCUUUUGCUUCCCUUAGCUCAGAAGUGAGUGACAUGAAUGUCCCAUAAGCAGGCCAAUCCUGGUCAGAAUGAACGUGUGCUUGUGCACUAGCGAACCUAAGGACUUUUAUUUCGUAUUUUAGCAUAAAGAUUAUGAAAGAAUUGUGAAUUAUAGUGAUAAUUUAUGCAAUAUAAUAGUAUUCUGUUAAUCUGUUUGAUA